AUGACAGGAGAAAAUGUUGACAGCGAGAACUGUCAUCGACGGAGGAAGGAAGAGGAGAAGGGAAAAGAAGAAGAAUUUUUUUACAUCCGCACCAAUAAAGGUUUGAACUCGCACGGAGUAGUCGCGUUUGCCCUCAAGUUUUGCGCCGCGUUUUUAGUCGUCCGAUUGGACGUUCCCCCCCGUAACAAGAUCCCCGCCAGUGAUAAGAUCACCCGGCCUCGCCAGUGUUCGGCCACGAACCUGCCCCGCCGUGCACAGCUGGUUCUCGCGCUAUCCGCAAGGCCGUGUUUUACCCCGAAGUGUCGCUGCGCUGAAUUGUCCGGAUUAUCCGGCGUGUGCCCCCCCGAAAACGAUCCCCAGCGGUGGAAAACGGUCCCGUCCCGGCUCUGCUUCAACGGAGUCGUUGGGGAUCUUGGGGUACUUCAACAGCGUACGGAUGUGCUUCUUCCGCAGGAGAUUUUUGCCGUCUAUCACCUGGCCUGUGAGCUGCCCCGAUCCCACCCGCUAACGUCGCUGCUUGCCAAGCGCGGUUCGUUCGCGUCCGUCCCCCAAUGUCCCCCAUCAUUUUGGUCGGAACCGAUCGAGCAGAUGAGCUCAAUCCUGAUCGAGCUGCUGGAGGACAAGUUGGACGACGCUUCGCUGAGUGCGUGGGAGGAAUCGAUCGGCCAGAAGGAGGAGCAGUCAACUUUCAGCGCGAUGAUCGAAUUCCUGCAGAGCAGGUCGCACCGAAGUCCCGCGCCCAAGAAGCUGUUCCAAACCCGCGUCAACUCGAACGCCGCAGUAGAAACCCUUCCCAAGACCUUCCCGCUGUGCCCCGCCUGCGACAAACAUAAGCACUCGAUCAUGGACUGCGCUGCGUUCAACGGCAUGAACGUUUCGGAGCGCAUGAGGGUGGUCACGGACAAGAGGCUUUGCAGUAACUGCUUCCGAAGCGACCACUUUGCCCGGAACUGUCGCUCGAAGUACCACUGCAAGCACUGCAACAAGCGCCACCACUCGAUGAUCCAUCCCGGCUCCGGAUUGCAGGACACGAACCCCAUCGUAGCCACCCCCGCAAUGAACCCCGCUGCCGUGAACGCCGCAACAAAGUCGAGCAGCGCCAGCGUGCUGCUGUCGACCGUGGUGCUCGCUGUUUUGGACAGCUACGGCAAAGAACACCUCGCCCGUGCCCUGCUGGAUACCGGAUCCCAGCCCAACGUUGCGAACGUCCCCAUCUCUGGUGUUGACAGCACGAUCACGAACGCCAAGCACAUGGUCCGCACCGAGGUCAGAUCCCGUGUCAGCUGUUUCGCGGAGACUCUGGACUUUCUCGUGCUCCGCAAGGUGACCUGUGAGACGCCGCCCGUUACCAUUCCGAUCGCCCAGUGGAAGAUUCCGGAGCACCUGGCACUUGCUGAUCCGGAGUUCAACGUGUCGCGCAAGGUCGACAUGAUCAUCGGAGCUGCUCACUUCUACUCGUUCCUGCUCGAAGGCCGGAUCCGUCUGGCUGGCCCAGUCCCCCUGCUUGUCGAGUCCGUGUUUGGAUGGAUUGCGACGGGCUCAGUAGAGGUCAGCAACGAAGCGGAGCAGCAACCUACGGUAUCCUGUCAUGUGGCGACAGUGGAAUCCGUGGACAAGAUGCUGGAGCGGUUCUGGGCUCUCGAGGAGACGGUUGCGCGCGAUGAAAGUGGACGGUACGUGGUCAAGCUGCCGAAGCACCCCGAGUUCCAGCAGAUGAUCGGUGCGUCGAAGACGAACGCUGUCCGCAGAUUCCGGUGGCUGGAGCAGAAGCUGGAGAAACAACCUGAGCUCAAGCCGCAGUACCACGAGUUCAUGCAGGAGUACCUGACCCUGGGCCACAUGCACGCUGUUCCCGACGACGCCGAAGACGAAACUUCCCGAGCAUGCUAUUUGCCCCACCAUCCCGUGAUCAAGGAACAGAGCUCGACGACUAAAGUGCGCGUUGUAUUCGACGGUUCCGCCAAGACCAGCGCGGGACACUCCCUCAACGAUGCGCUUCUAGUCGGACCCGUGGUGCAGGACGAGCUCCUGGACACUGUGCUGCGCUUCCGGAAGUUCCCCAUCGCCCUAGUAGCCGACAUCGAGAAAAUGUACCGCCAGGUGGCGGUGCACCCUGAAGACCGUCCGUACCAGCGGAUUGUUUGGAGAUUCGACCCGGAGCAACCCAUUACCACGUACGAGCUGGCCACGGUGACGUACGGUUUAGCACCAUCGUCCUUCUUGGCCACGAGAACUUUGCUUCAGCUGGCAGACGACGAAGGCGCGCAGUUCCCCCAGGCCAGCGCGGCCAUCAAGAAGCACAUGUACGUGGACGACUUCAUCGGCGGAGCGUACACCGUAGACGACGCGAUACUGCUGCGCUCCGAUCUCUGCAAGCUGCUGCUGAAGGGAGGAUUCCAGCUGCAAUCGAUCAAAACCCUUGGCAUCAGCUGGGAGCCCGAAGCUGACGUGUUCCGGUUCGUUGUCUCGGUCGUCUGGGACCUGUCCCCCACCAAGCGCAACAUCCUCUCCGUAAUCGCCCAGCUGUACGACCCCCUCGGUCUGAUCGCUCCCGUCGUCGUACUCGCCAAGAUCGUCCUGCAGGAGCUGUGGUACUUGGCACUGGAGUGGGACGCGUUGGUCCCCCCGGAGUUGCGCACAAGAUGGUUCGACUUUUGCGAAGGGCUUUCGCACCUGACCAACUUCCGCAUCGACCGCUACGCCUUCGCCCGCAAAUGCUGCUACGCCGAGCUCCAUUUCUUCUCGGAUGCGUCCGAGGUGGCCUACGGAGCAGUUGUCUACGUGCGCUCGGAGUCGCCGGACGGCAAGAUCAAGGUGAGCUUGCUGACAUCGAAGUCGAAGGUGGCCCCCCUCAAGAAGCGAAGCAUACCCCGCCUGGAACUUUGCGCAUUCUUUCUCGCCGCGCAAAUGUACGUGAGAGUCGUCGAAGCCCUGGACGUGAAGUUUCAAGACGUGUACUUCUGGACCGACUCGGAGGUGGUUCUGCAGUGGCUGAAGUCGGCGCCCCGAAGGUGGAAACCCUUCGUCGCGAAUCGCAUCUCGGAGAUCCAGAUCAUCACCCACGGCGCAAAGUGCCUGCACGUCGCCGGCUUGGAGAACCCUGCGGAUCUGCCCAAGUAA